AGAGUAGAAAAGAAAGCCAGCUUUUAAACUAAAAAGCAAGCCUUUUUUAGCUCCAAAGGCAGAUUACGUAUAGUGAUUGUUGUUCGUAUGCAGCAAAGUUUCUAUCGCCCUGUCCUUUGUUUUCUUCUCCUCGGAUAGAUUUACAGCCAAACAAACAUAACAAGCUACCAUUAUGGAUAGCCAUGCUACUUUAGCUUCGUUUUCUCGAACUCUCAGUUCGGCUGGUCGGAGUUGCGUCUCAUUUCGGCUGGGAAAGUCCAUUUUACGCCGACUGCGUCAGAUUCCGUCGCUCUAGUGCCUCAUUAUCAAGUAAAGAAGUCGCUGGAAACUCAAGAUUUGAGUCUACAAAAAGGAAGCACCACAACUCAUUUUAGUGGGUGGUGGAAAUCAAAAUUUGGAGUUGAUGGGGCAUUUAUCCUACAUGUUCAAUGGGCUCACGAGGUCAUUUUCAUUCAAAAAGGGGAGGAAGUCAGAAGACUGCACUGGAAGAGAAGUCGCAGAAGAGAUGGCAAAGGAGGCAAAGAAGAAUGACUUGAUUUUACGCACUUCUGGCUUCGUGAAUAUUGAUGGUUCGAGUAAAUUUGCCUCAGUUUUCUCAAAAAGAGGCCAGAAGGGAGUGAACCAGGAUUGCUGCAUUGUGUGGGAGGACUUUGGAUGCCAAGAGGACAUGGUCUUUUGUGGGAUUUUUGAUGGGCAUGGCCCUUGGGGUCAUUUUGUGGCAAAAAUGGUCAGAGAGUCGAUGCCACCGUCUCUUCUAUGCAAUUGGCAGGAGACACUAGCUCAAACUUCUCUUGACCCAGAAUGUGACUUUGAAUCUGAUAAAAAGCAUAAUCGGUUCAAUAUAUGGAAGCAUUCCUACCUAAAGACUUGUGCAGCCAUUGAUCAGGAACUUGAGAAACAUCGAAAAAUAGAUUCAUUCUACAGUGGAACAACUGCACUUACAAUUGUUCAACAGGGUGAACUCAUUGUUAUUUCAAACGUUGGCGACUCCCGAGCUGUGUUGGCUACCACUUCAGAUGAUGGAAGCUUGGUACCAGUUCAGCUUACUGUCGACUUCAAGCCCAAUUUACCUCAGGAGGCUGAGAGGAUACAUCAGUGUAAAGGGCGAGUCUUCUGUUUGCAUGAUGAGCCAGGGGUGCAUAGAGUCUGGCUGCCAGAUGAGGAAUCACCAGGACUGGCAAUGUCUAGAGCCUUUGGGGAUUACUGUGUAAAGAGCUUUGGACUAAUUUCUGUGCCGGAAGUGACACAUAGGAAUAUAACCAGCCGAGACCAAUUUGUCGUGCUGGCCACUGAUGGGGUAUGGGAUGUUGUCUCCAAUCAAGAAGCUGUAGAAAUUGUAUCUUCGACACCAGACAGGGCGAAGUCAGCCAAACGUCUUGUCGAGUUUGCUGUACAUGGAUGGAAGCGUAAGAGGCCCGGCAUUGCAAUGGAUGACAUUUCUGCUAUUUGUCUCUUUUUUCACUCUUCUCCUUUUUCUCCAGCUCUGCAAGUGCACUCUUGUACUUCGCUGAAAUGAUGUUGUAAAUGUCAAGUUAAGUUGCUAUGCGUUCUUCAAUGUAAUCUAUAUUUAAGGUAUGGAAAUUAUGGAAUAUGGGGAUGGCUCCAUUGUAGGUGGAAUAAUAUUAAAUGGAUUUAGCUGUC